UAGCCUGAGGCCGCCGUCCAAAUUAUGUAAGCACGAGGCAGCUGUAGCUUCGCGUCACCAACAGAGCUUCCAAUGUCCAGCUUCACAGAGCAGCCCUCCAACCAUCAGCCUGCUGCUCAAACAUACGGACCAUUCAAUCAGUCGUCCAGAUUUGACUUCAUACUCUCCCGACCAUAUAUCCCCCCCUUAUCCACAGAAACGCCGCGCAGAGAUGACAUCGAUGCUUGACCCGUCUCGUUCUGAGAUGAUCGGAUACUCCUUCGCCCAGUCAGCAUCGGCGGGCCACAGACAGCAUGGCUUCUACCCAUACACCGACAACGGUGGUUCAACGCUAGGUAUCACUGGUUCGGACUUCGCCAUUCUGGCAGGCGACACUCGUUCCGUCUCCGGCUACAACAUCAACUCUCGUUACGUUCCCAAGGUGUUCAAGAUCGGCGGUGACGAGGAGACGGGCGAGGGAGCGACGAUCCUACUCUCCGUCGUUGGAUUCGCAGCCGACGGCAACGCACUGAAGGAACGACUGGAUGCGAUCGUCAAGAUGUACAAAUACCAGCACGGCAAGCCCAUGUCCGUGAAGGCGUGUGCGCAGCGACUGUCGACCAUUCUUUACCAGAAGCGAUUCUUCCCGUACUACGUGCAUGCUAUCCUGGCUGGCCUGGAUGAGGAGGGCAGGGGCGCUCUCUACAGUUACGAUCCCGUCGGUUCGUAUGAGCGUGAGCAGUGCAGAGCGGCUGGUUCGGCGGCUAGUUUGAUCAUGCCGUUCUUGGAUAAUCAGGUUAACUUCAAGAACCAGUAUGUGCCUGGUAGCGGGGAGGGUCAUGAUCUGAAGGCAAGAGAGGCGGAGCCGCUGCCCAGAGCUACUGUCGAGCAGCUGGUCCGAGAUGCGUUUACGAGUGCUGUGGAGAGACAUAUCGAGGUCGGAGAUGGUCUACAGGUGAUGGUGAUUACGAAGGACGGUAUAGAAGAAAUUUACCACCCUCUCAAGAAGGACUAGAGAGGAGGAGGAAAGAGACGAAUAUGCUUGAACGAUAGAUAAUCGA